AUGGCGAUGCAAGAGGAAUGGCCAGGUGAGGAGCAGCCAUGGGCCGAUUGGGCGGCCAGCGAGGCCGACCCGCCCAGUGCGCUCAAGGACGAGGCAGAGGACAGCGAGCUGCAAGGUCUGGAGGAGCCUUCGGCUGUGGAAGAUGAGGAGGUAGACUUUGGCGACGCUGCGGAAGUGUUCGACCCCGAAGCGAAGCCAGAGGAUGUACAGGAAAAAUUCAGGGACGCGUUUCGCAAGAUGGGCUACACGAUCUUGCUCAGCGGGCUUUGCGACAUGAGCCUUGUCGACUAUGUCAGCUGGCCGAGCUUUUUCGAGGAUAUGGCUUCCAGCAUCUUGCAGGCAUGUUCGCGGUUUGGUGAAGUUCUACACUGCUUCCCGGACUGCGGCGGCGUCCACGCCCGAGUCUGGGUCCGCUUCGCCACGGAGCAAGCAGCCGAGGCGUGCCAAAACAAGAUGGACGGCGCAACGUUCGCCGGCAACACGAUCAAGGUCGAGAUGGUGGAAAACGACCACCCUCACCAGAACCUUGCAAUUUGUUAA